GUGGUAUCUGCUAGCAGCAGCAGCAGCGGCGGCAGAAACAGCAGCACCACUGUCACCACCACCAUCAUCACCAUCACCAGACGAGUCGUAUCUCUUUUACGAAUAGUUUAAUCGCGAAAUUACGUGUCUACGAUCUAUCUUCUUUUUGUACCUAAAUACGAAAAAAAAAGGAAACCAAAGAAAAGAAAGAAAGAAGAAUCUAAAAAAAGAAAACUGGAAAAUCCCCGUUCAUAGAAAACAAGAAAAGGAGGACGAAGGGGAAGAGGAAGAGGAGGAGGAGGAAGAGAACGAGGAAGAGGAAGAGGAGGAGGAGGAGGAGGAGGAGGAGGCGGAGGAGGGAAGAGGACGAGUAAUCAGAACGACGAAAAGGACAAAAGAGACAAAGGAAAACCAAAGAAGAGUAGUAUAGUGUACAAGUGACGGUGACAGAGAGAGAAAGAGAGAGAGAGAGAGAGAGAGAAAGCAAGCAAGCAAGAAAGAAAGAAAGAAAGAAAGAAAGAAAGGAACGCUUCGUUCGCUCGAUACGAAAAGAAAAACUCGUCUUCUUUCCUCGGCGUGCCUCCUUCGAUAUACGCACGUACACACAUACAUAUAUAACAUAACACACUAUCACGUACACGCAGAAAAUCACACACAUAAGCGUUAUGAACAUGACAGCAGUUGUUGAGCUAUAAGCUCGUUUCUCCUUCCUUCCUUCAUGGUAAAUGGUGCAGUAUAUAUUACGCAAGGUUAACACAGCAGUGUUUUAAACACUUGCUGGAACUACUUGCUGUAUUUGUAAAAAUAUGGAUUCCGAGGAGGAAACGCUCUAUGACGAUGUUGACUCUGGUAACGAGUCCAGCGGGGAUGAUGUGGAUUUUGCUAUGGAAAUAGAAUCUGGAAAUCAACGGGAACGAGCUACCGACAUCGACGAAUAUCCAUUUGAAAUUUUAUCCACAGAAGAAAUUGUACAACACAUGGUUGAUUCUAUAAAAGAGGUCAACACUGUAGUUGAAAUACCUGCAACAACAACGCGUAUUUUGCUAAAUCAUUUUAAGUGGGACAAAGAAAAAUUAAUGGAACGUUUUUAUGAUGGAGAUCAGGAAAAAUUAUUUGCAGAAGCACGUGUCAUUAAUCCAUUCAGAAAAGGUCCUGUGAUAAAUAGAAGUUGGUCCUCUCAAAAUUCCUUGUCUAGAAGAACAUCUGCAAAUGGAACAGAAGAAUGUGGAAUUUGUUUUAUGAUUUUACCAUCCUCUAUGAUGACUGGUCUUGAAUGUGGACAUCGUUUUUGCACCGGGUGCUGGGGUGAAUAUCUCACAACCAAAAUAAUGGAAGAAGGUGUCGGACAAACGAUCGCAUGUGCUGCUCAUGCUUGUGACAUUUUAGUUGAUGAUGCUAGUGUUAUGCGACUUGUUAAAGACUCAAAAGUUAAAUUGAAGUAUCAGCACUUGAUAACAAACAGUUUUGUUGAAUGUAAUAGGUUAUUAAGGUGGUGUCCAUCGCCAGAUUGUAAUAACGCUAUCAAAGUCCAGUAUGUUGAAGCAAGACCUGUUACAUGCAAAUGUGGUCACACAUUUUGUUUUCAUUGUGGUGGAGAUUGGCAUGAUCCCGUAAAAUGUCAUUUGUUGCGUAAAUGGAUCAAAAAAUGUGAUGACGAUUCUGAGACCUCUAAUUGGAUCGCAGCAAAUACGAAAGAAUGUCCAAAAUGUAAUGUUACCAUUGAAAAGGAUGGUGGUUGCAAUCAUAUGGUAUGCAGAAAUCAGAACUGUAAAGCUGACUUUUGUUGGGUAUGCCUUGGUCCUUGGGAACCACAUGGAUCUAGCUGGUAUAAUUGUAAUCGAUAUGACGAAGAAGAAGCCAAAGCAGCGCGAGUUGCUCAAGAUCAAUCAAGGUCUGCCUUGCAACGCUAUUUGUUCUAUUGCAAUAGGUAUAUGAAUCACAUGCAGUCCUUAAGGUUUGAGAGCAAGUUAUAUGCUAGUGUAAAAGACAAAAUGGAGGAAAUGCAACAACAUAAUAUGUCCUGGAUUGAGGUACAAUUUUUAAAGAAAGCAGUUGAUAUUUUAUGUUCCUGUAGGCAAACUCUCAUGUAUACUUACGUAUUUGCCUACUAUUUGAGGAAAACCAACCAGUCUGUGAUUUUUGAAGCCAACCAAAAGGAUUUAGAGAGUGCUACAGAAUGCCUCUCUGAAUACCUCGAAAGAGAUAUUACGAGUGAGAACCUUGCCGAUAUUAAACAAAAGGUUCAGGAUAAAUAUAGAUAUUGCGAUAGUCGAAGAAAAGUACUUCUAGAGCAUGUGCACGAAGGUUAUGAAAAGGAAUGGUGGGAUUACGUGGAAUAAGGAGAAGAAUGAAAAAUGCCCAGCUUUUCUUUUUUUUUUGUCGUGAGAUGUAAA